UACAGGAGAUGACCAGAGACUGCGGACACAGUACAGGAGAUGACCAGAGACUGCGGAUAUAGUACAGGCGAUGACCAGAGACUGCGGAUAUAGUACAGGCGAUGACCAGAGACUGCGGACACAGUACAGGAGAUGACCAGAGACUGCGGACACAGUACAGGAGAUGACCAGAGACUGCGGACACAGUACAGGAGAUGACCAGAGACUGCGGACAGUACAGGAGAUGACCAGAGACUGCGGACACAGUACAGGAGAUGACCAGAGACUGCGGACACAGUACAGGAGAUGACCAGAGACUGCGGACACAGUACAGG